AUGUGUGUUCGUCUGCAUAUUCGAGAACCGGGAAAGCUUGUCCCUCAGCGGCCUCAUUUCAUGUUCAACCGUCCUUCGGCCAAGCGUGCCCAUCCUAAGUACAGCGAGAUGGUCGCCGCCGCCCUCAGGGCCCUCAAGGAGCGCAACGGGUCCUCCCGCCAAGCCAUCCUCAAGUUCAUCCUCGCUUCCUUCCAGGUCGGGGACGAGAAGGCCGCCGGCGUGAUCCAGAUGCAGGCGCUUAGGAGUGUCGCCGGCUGGUCCCUGCAGCAGACCAAGGGCGCCGGCGCCUCUGGUUCCCUAAGGCUCUUCAAGGAGCUGAAGAUGGCUGCGCCUAGAAAGAACUCGGACAAGAAAAACGUGACGAAGAAUGAGAAAACCCCGAGAAAGGCGGCGGCAAAGAAAACCAGUGAUAAGACUGUAAAAAAAGAGACCCAGCUCUAA